AUGGAGCAGGAUGCCUACUCAAAGUCUAGUGCAAUUGCAGAGGAGGUUUUGAGCGCUAUCAGGACAGUAAUUUCUUUUUCUGGAGAGAGGAAAGAAGCAUUUCGUUACAGCAGUAAUCUGGAUAAGGCUGCAGCUUGUGGUGUAAAACAAGCAGGUUGGCUUGGAUUCGCUGGCGGCUUUGUUGGAAUGUCAAUAUAUACUUCUACAGCAUUAGUAUUUUGGUAUGGAGUGACAUUAGUUCGACAAGGUGAAUACGAUCCAGGAUCUGUGAUACUAGUUUUUCUUAAUGUUAUAAUUGGAAGUUUGUUUUUGGGAAGUGCCUUGCCAAAUUUUCGAUACUUUCAUGUGGCCAAAGUAUCAGCGCAAGAUAUAUUUGAUAUUAUUAAACGUAAACCUUUAGUGGAUAAGACAACGUCGAACGAAAAACUGGAUGAUUUUAGUGGUAAAAUAACAUUUAACAAAGUUUCAUUUGCAUAUCCAUCACGUCGCGAGAAAGUGAUACUGAACGAAUUUAGUUUAACUAUACAGUCAAACGAAACAACUGCUUUCGUUGGUCCCAGUGGAUGUGGAAAGACUACAAUUACACAGCUGAUCGAACGAUUUUACGAUCCGGAUAAUGGUCAGAUACUUUUCGAUGAUACAGAUUUGCGUUCAUUGAAUUUGAAUUGGAUUCGUUCCAACAUAGGUAUUGUUCAACAAGAUCCAGUUUUAUUCACAGGAACAAUAUCAGAAAAUAUUCGAAUGGGUUAUUUAAAAGAUAAUUUAUCUAAUAAUGAUAAUGAUGAUGACAAUAUUAUAGAAGCAGCGAAAUUAGCUAAUGCUCAUGAAUUUAUUACAAAAUUGCCAGAGGGCUACAAUACAAUGAUAUCUCGUACAAACGCUCAAUUGUCUGUUGGUCAAAAACAGCGUAUAUCUAUUGCUCGUGCCCUCAUUCGCAAACCAAAAAUCCUUAUUUUCGAUGAAGCCACCUCAGCGUUAGACAAUCAUUCAGAAAGAAUGAUUCAAUGUGCCUUAGAAAAUAUAAAGAUUAAUCGAACUGUGAUUAUAAUUGCUCAUCGAUUGUCGACUGUUCAAAAUGCAAAUAAGAUUGUUGUUUUAGAUAAUGGUUGUAUUAAGGAGAUUGGUACUCAUGCAGAAUUAUCCUCUACUUCGGGAUUUUAUUCAGCAAUGUUAAAACUUGAGACACCUGAAAAAGUUUCUUCUUCAGUCAAUGACAAUACGACAGAUUUGCAAACCGAUAGCAUAAAUUUGUCAAACGAUAAUCAGCUACUUCUUGAAGGUCACACAAAUAAUGUAAAAAGUGUUGAUAGUUGGAUUAAUAAGAAUACCAAUGAAUAUCAAGUUAACAAGGGUGAAGUUAUGCUGAAUGUGUCUAGUUCAACUGUUGUUCAUAGACAAGAUGGUAUAAUUUCAUCUAUGCUUCGUUUAUUGGAAUUAUCUAGACCAGAAUGGAAAAGCAUAACAUUAGGUUGUUUAGCUGCAUCUAUAACUGGUGGAUUACAACCUAUAUUUGCUAUAUUAUAUUCAGAGAUUUAUGCUAUUUUUAGUUUGGUUCAAGCACCUAAUGAAAUGCAAAUGAGAGCUAAUUUAGUCACAGGUAUAAUAGCUCUAAUGGGUUUGAUUCGUUUGGCCAGUUCUACGUUUCAGGGUUAUUUUCUCGGUGUUGCUGGUCAAAAACUCACUAAACGUUUGCGCCAAAAUUUAUUUACAUCUAUGUUGAAACAGGAAAUGGCUUGGCAUGAUAAACCGGAAAAUAGUCCUGGUAUUCUAUCAUUUAUAUUAACAUCAGAUGCAAAUAAAGUGAAUACAUUUUGCGGCACUUCGUUAGGUCGUUUAGUUGAAUCAUUUAUACUGGCAACAUUUUCAUUGACAAUUGGCUUUGUCUACAACUGGAAAUUGACUUUAGUGAUAUUGGUUUUCUUCCCGGUGACUAUAUUAUCAAGUUAUCUACAGCUUCGACAAAUCCAUACCAAUUCUGAUAUUAACUAUGAAACCAUGACCGCCCGCGUUAUCUAUGAAGCGCUUAGCUCAGCAAGAACUGUAUAUGCUUAUAGUUUAGAAAAUUAUUUUUAUAAACAUUAUUGUACUGCACUGAAUUUGGAAAUGGCUACUGGCAAUCGUACUUUUACAAUGUAUGCAUUUGUCUAUGCUUUAGCUCAAUCAUUGCCAAUAUGUUCGUAUGCUGUUGCAUUUUCUUAUGGUGCCUAUUUAAUCAGUUUAGAAGAAAUUAGUUUAAAUGAUGUAUUCAAGGUUUUCGCUGCUAUCAGUUUUGCAGCACAAGCACUUGGUAGAACGUCGCAUGUAGGACCCGAAAUGAAGAACGCUUCAUUGUCGGCUAGCCGAAUUUUCAAAAUUCUCAAUAGGGAUUCUAAAAUUCCUAUAGAUAAAGGGUUAUGCCCUGACCGACCAAUAAGCAAUAUUCCAAUCGAAUUCAGACAAGUAUCAUACAGAUAUUCAUCUAGGCCGUCGUCUUGGGUUUUAAAGGACUUUUCAUGGACAUUCCAACCUGGCCAGAAUACUGCUAUUGUGGGACUUUCUGGAUCUGGUAAAACUAGUAUUUUACACUUAAUUCAUCGGCUUUACGAAGCUGACAGUAGUAACACGGACAGCGGAAUAUUUCUCAACGAUAUUAACAUCAGAAUGAUUUCACCUAAGUGGAUUCGAGAGCAGAUUUGUGUCGUAGAUCAAGAACCAAAACUUUUUAAUCUUACACUUAUGGAAAACAUUGCUUACGGGGACAAUGCACAUCCUGUAACGAUGGACGAGAUAACUGAUGCCGCGCGGCGCGUAAACAUUCACGAAUUUAUCAUGAGCCUACCACAAGGAUACAACACGCUAGCUGGUCCUGGAGGUACUCAUAUUUCUACCGGUCAAAGGCAAAGGAUUGCAAUAGCGCGUGCUCUCGUGCGUAAACCAAAACUACUACUUCUGGAUGAAAUUACUUCUGCAGUGGAUCCAGAGAACGAACGAUAUAUUCAAAACUUAUUGACAGGACUACCACAGGACUGUACAUAUCUAUUAGUUACCCAUAGACUACUUUCAACAUCAAAAGUCGACCAGAUUUUGUUCAUAUCAAGAGGUAGAAUUGUCGAAUCUGGUUCAUUCGAUCAACUAAAAGAAGCUAAAGGAGUAUUCUAUGCAUUACUUUAUCCUGAAGAAAUCAAACAGAGGACUUGA